UAGAUGGCGUAGAUGAUUGUUGAUUUUGUUCAAAAUGGCGGCCUAUAAUGGGCACUACGGGGUAACAUUGUUCGAUUCCCCGCGAUAAAUGAGUCCAUGCGAAGUUAACUUGCCGCGGUGUAUGUGCGAGUACCGAAGUCUAGGAUAUAUCCGGAAUGUACACUUUCUUUCGGAUGAUUAAAUCAUGUGAGCGGAAUCACGGUGCCAGCCGAUCGUAUGUCGUGCAUUGGCCAAGUUUGUGUAGCCAUAUUUAUUGUGUUAUUCGGCAAGACAUUAUAUCUUAUACACCGGUAAAUGUAAUUGUUAGCCAAGACAUAUGGCUGUUUAUGAUUGAAGGUAAAAUUCUCGUCUCAACGUUUGUUUUUGAUAAAGGAUUUGGCGAUUUUGUUACCUCUGAUAAAGAGAUAUUCUGUACGUAUGAAACAUUUAAGGACUCUAGUACAGUAGGACAUGCAAAGACGCUACACUGGGUUUUCCUCAGUUCUUCAAAAACGUCGCACAUUUAUUAUUAAUUGUUCUUUACACAAAUUGUUGUUUAUACAACUUUUAAACAGUGAACGUCGUGCAAUAUAUCGAAGCACACAAGUUUCAUUACUAUCUUUGAUAACACACAAUUGUGUUGUGUAUUACAUUAAGGCUUUUACGAAAAAUACUAAGAUGGAAGAAUUAUUGUAUCAUAUUGUUAGUCCUAACUAUUGGAUAAAACUUCAUAGACCAUAUAUACAAUAAACAAGUUUUUAGUGAAGUUUUUUUAUACUGAUACACAAGAAAUGGAUGUGAAAAGGUUUUAUCAAAAAAUUAUGUUAUGAAUAUCGAAGAGUAUAUGUGUAAUAUUUAUACACACAAAAGCCUGCUGUACGCGGACCAAGCAGGCUAGGCACUGCUGUGCCAAGCUUGGGUAAUGGAUCCCGUUCGUCCAUGGUAUACAUCGUAUAAUCGUCUUGCUUUAAGUACCGGAACAAGUACAUUUCAAUCGACAACUUCAAGCACAAACAGUGAUUUUGUAUCUCAUCACUUAGCAACAACUGCUACCCAAGCAGUUCCUUCAACAACGUCACAGUUACUUUUACAAGCAGCCCAUACAACAGCAACUCUGGCGGGUCAGCCGUCUCCAUUUAACCCAGGGGGGUUUCUAUCUCCACCCCCUGUGGGUUACGAUGUAUUCUCACCUUUGUUUCAUCCUUCUAAUUCUAAACAAGCACAUUAUGUUACUCAACAUAGGCAAGCUCUUGCUCAAGCACAAGUAGUAGCUGUAACAAAACAGAAUACCACAACAGAGUCUGAUAUCCCUGUAUUAAGGGAGAAUUAUAGUUCAGCACACCAGUCAACAUUUUUUGAACAUCAGGGUGCAGCUACCUCACCUACAACAUCUACAUUAGCUUGGACUCAUCAAAAUAAUGCACAAUUACCCAGCCCAUUUGGUAUUUUACCUCAUGAAACUGUUGUUCCAUCGUCGCCAGGACCAUCGUCUACUACAAAACCAACUAGCGGAGUUUAUGAAAACACGUUUAAUUCUCAUUUUCCCACAACGCAAACUAUAAAUAAUUUAAAUUCACAAUUGCCCGCAUCUUCUGAAUAUAAAUCAUCUAGUUAUCCGGAUAGCAAGAAAACAAUGAAUAUGAGACCUCAGUCACCAACAGUUAGUGUCAAAUCAGUGGUUUCUACGUCUCAAGCAAACAACAAUCAAACAUUCUUUCAACAAGUACCUACUACGUUUAAUUCUGAUACAUUGACAAAUAACUAUUCAGCUGGUAAUGGAAAUCAAACUCCUAAUGGAAAGGUGCAACCUUCUCUUCAACAUCAACAAUCGUGUAUCGUUUCAACUCCAAACAAUACAGUCAGUAAAGAAUAUAGAAUUCCUCAACCACCUGCUCGGUCGGUUACAUCAACUACUAUAUUUUUAAAUACGUCUGUCAGAUCUGUGCCUUCGCAAGGUCAAGAUAAACAGUCGACGCGAAAUUUUGCUUCACCGCCAAAUAAAGCAAUUUCCACGUCUCAGCAAAGUAUUCAAACUAAAGCACAGACAAAAAUAUAUCCGGAAUUAAGUACUCAUAAUGAGCAUAGACAAAAUGAACAAGCAUCGCAUGAUAAUACCCAAUCGUCUCCUAUUAGUUUUUCUAUCAUGGAUUCGCGUGGCUUAAACUACACUGCUGGAAAUAAUACAACGUGUACAAAUGCUAGUGGAAAACUUGGUAAUAAUCAAAGGACUCAGUCAAACAGUAACUUACAGACUCAUCCUCAACAAGCCCAACAACAACAGCAGCAGCAACAACAACAACAACAACAGCAACAGUUUCAUGUUUUAAAUCAACAGCAGCAGCAACAACAAACAUCAUAUAGGCAUUACCUCACAGGAACUGCAAGUGACUCUGAAUAUCAUCAUCCAGGGCGGUCAAAAUCUGCAACUUCUAACGAUUCUGCUUAUUCUUCUAAUAAUUCCACCCAGAAUGGACCUGACUGUGGUGUUGUUGUACCUAGAAGACCAAGUCCACUGCAGGCACAUUCACAAGCAAGUCCAUUAGGACAUGUUCCAAGUCCUGCUUACCCUAUGUAUAAUAGCCCAAUGGCUACAAUAUCUUCUUCCCCUUCGCCUUUACAACAACACACGGAAAAUGGAAAUCAAUGUGUAAGUGGGCCACAGUACAAAGGUACUGUACAACAACAAGUUACACCGCCAUCACCGUUAGACGUGACCGUGCCACGACCAGCAUCUCAAGGGCAAGUUGUUUAUUCGUCGGUCAUUACGAGGGCUCUGGGUAAUACUGAAAAUAAGUCAAAUUAUAAUACAGAUAGUAAAAAUUAUGAUAGGCAACAACAAGAUUUUUCCCAAACACAAAAGCAGGUAUGCUGGGAAAACGAUAAUCGACAACCAAACGCUAAUAGAAAAUUUUCUGUUACAUUAUAUACCGGUGGAACUGCUGAUGUAAAUCCUCAAAAUUUGCCGGUUCAACAAGUACAACGAGUAUUAAAUGUUUCUGAUAGACAACAAAUAUAUUUUGAAUCUAACCAAGUAACUUUACAAGAUUUGAGCAGUUGUAGAGGAGAUCCUAUGAGUAUAGUGAAGAAUUUGCAAACUUUACAACAAGGCUCUUGUCAAGUACAGCAGCAGCAACAACAACAACAACAGCAGCAGCAGCAACAACAAGCUGCUGUUUCUGUUACUCCACCUGAACAACAGAAGCACGUGGAAGAUCGACGUAAAGUAGAGACUGUCAAUAAGAAAAGGAAAAGUUUGGAGAAAAGUGGACAUAGCUCUUUAAAUGAAACAACUGGAGCGACAACGACGAUGACGGAAUAUUUAAGUAGGAUACCACCGCCCGCUCAUCAUAACGCAAAUCAGCAACAACAGAACGGUUACUUUGAUUUCGAAAGAUGGAAUUUACCUCCGCCACCUGCUAAAAUGUUUCCUGGUGCAUCGGGUGCUUUUAGUUCGCAAUCAACUUUGCACCAUUCAAGUAAUUUUGUUGGUACACCGGCACAUCAACACCAGUCUUUAAUGGUUCCUCAUCAUCACGCUCCACCCCCUAUUCCAUAUUUUCCUGCUUUUCAUAUCCCUCCGAGUCACCAUCAUCCGCACGAGUUUCAAUCUUCCGUUGAAAUUACGCCAAUUGCUUUUGGCGAAAAUACAACAAAUCAAAAUGCUAGUUAUAAUCAAGAAGUAAGAGAUGAUCAACCUAAAGUAAUUGUUCCUAAUAUCGAAGAAGAGUUAAGGUUUCUACAGCAGAAUCAACAACCGAUUCAGACUAUAAAUUCGUUAAGUAAAGACUUCAAGCGACCUAAUAAAGAUCCUAAUUCGGGAUUUAUGACAAGUUAUUUGAAAUUUUUGCAAGGCGAAAGGGAACCCUCGCCUCCACCUGCAAUUCGUGGUGGGAGGAAAGCAUCAUGGAGCAGGUCCAAACCUUAUAUCCCAGUAGACGCUAAUAAACCUAUAGAGGGUUCGAUAAAUGGGGAAACAUUAAAGACACAACCAGAAAAGCCAUCGGCCCCUAAAGAAACUCCAGUAAUUGAUUAUGCUAAUGACCCAAGAUAUUUUCCUUUGCCAAAAGAACGGAAAAAACAAAAUUUUGAUUCAAGCGAUGAUGGAUUCACUAGUGACGAUGAUUUUCUAUUUCCUCCUAAAAAAGACAAAAAAACGACAAAUACAAGUACAUCUAACACGAUGGAAUCGCCGACUACAAAAUUAACGGAAGGUAAGCCUAAGAAAGGAAGACCAAUUAAACCCGGAGGACCAACGGAUAGAAAAAGAAGAGCAGCCGCAGCAGCGGCGGAAGCAGCUUCAACGGGGAAAGCUUCAAAAAAGUAUGAAGAAGAUCCUUUACUUUUACCUCCAAGGCGUGAAACAUCUAGAAGAAAAGCAAAGGAAAAAACUUCGGUAAAACAAUUUCUAGAUCGACAACAGGGUAUAGAUUACUUUGAUAAUGACGAAGAACAGGGUGAUUCUGAUUCGGAUCCUGCUUGGACGCCUGCUGUAAAAUUGGUUGGGGAUGAAGAGGAAAAGAAGAAAAAACGUGGGAGACCCGUUAUUACUAAAAAGAGCAGAAGAAUUAUAGAAGAAGCUGAUUACGCUAGUGAUGUUGUAUCAAAGAAGUCGAGUAGGAAAAGACACGAGACAUCUAAAGGUUCCGGUGUUACUGGAAAGUUAUCUUGUAAAAUAGAUGAAAAACUUUUAGCAUCUAUCAGCGACGAAGACAUUGAUAUUUCACCAUUUAAGCACUCGGAGGAUAAUUUAGAAGACGUGUCUGGAGAAUUUGUUGUUAUCAAAGCAGACCUAAAUGAAGAAUAUCCUGCACUGUGGAGAAUAGAUGGCAAAACGUUGCUUCAGAAGUAUGAACCAUUUAAGUCCAAUGGAAAAACCUUAUAUAGAAACAUAUCGACGUACUCGGGUUGGGCACCACAAAAUCGACACAUAUAUCAACAGGUUCCAGUAAAGUUUUGGCAACAAGGGAAGACGGAAACCAUAGUAGAGUUCUUAAAAGAUGAAAUGAUUAUUAAUAAUAAGGAAUGUAUUGAUAAGUCUAUGAAAGACACCCAAAAAUAUCGAGAUAAUUUUGAGGUAUAUAUACAAACAUUGAUCUCACAAGCUUUGGAUUCUAAUUUUCUUACAGAAAUAUUUCAAGAACAAGAUGAUUAUUUCUUAUCAAAUGUUAAAACUGUAGACGAAGUAACAGAAGAUAGGAAACAACGUCUUUUAUCAACAACAAAAUGGCGACCAAAUGUUAUAAAUGCAAUAUCAACUUGGCCAUGCCUUAACGUUCUUAAGGAUUUACCAUUCGCAGAAUAUAAAGGAAAAUCGUGCGCCGGUUGCCAGCAACCUAACAUUCAUGCCAGAGUAUUAUUGUACGGUCAACCAUAUAACGUAACUACAUUAGAAGGCUCUCCGCCUGAUCCAAGAGUACCUCAAGAAAAGGAUUUUUUAUUAUGUCGAAUAUGUCAAGCAAAAGUCGCUCUGUAUAAUAAAGUAGCACAUCAAAAAUAUUUAAUGUUUUUGGAAUGUGCAAGAAGAGUAGCAGAUAAAAGAGUUGCGGAUCCACAUAAAGAUACCACGAUAAUAUUAAACGAACUCCUAGCGGAUGAAGUAUGGUUAAAUCAGUUGUUUAAAGAAGUUAGGACUAUCUGGGCAGAGAUAGAUAAUCUGGAACAACAAAGUAAAACGAAAUCAAGUUCAAAAUCUACUUCAUCUUCUUUAUUAAAUAAUACGGAGGAAACAAUUGAAAAUGUUUCAACAAUGGAAGCAACUAAAACGACUGCUAAUAUUUCCGAUUCACAGGUGCCUACGCAGAAAAUUGAAGAUAGUUCUGAAACAGUGUCUUGCAAUGUGCAAAUGGGCAGUAUACCAUCUUAGUGGUGCUACAAUGAUCAUUGGUUCUGUUUUAUGUACAAUGUCUCAAGACCAUUAAAAGGUUUAGUGAUAUAUC